AUGACAGAAACGAAAACCUUGUCGGUUGAGAAGUCCCUAAUCCGCAUGCUACUCAAUCGUUAUGAGCAAUUCGGUGUGAUCGGCCGGCCGGUGAAUGAUAGCAAAAUUCAAGUGACAGUACGUUAUGGAUUACAGCUGUUUCAAAUCCUGGAUCUGGAUGAGAACAAACAGAUUUUGCGCACCAAUUGCUGGUCUAUGUAUGUAAGUACUGCGUGA